AUGGGGGGAAAGUCCUCCAAGCUUGUUAUAACUCCUGAGAAUGCUGAAACGGCUGCCGACGUUGCCACGGCAGCUAUCACACCGUUGAAAUCCAAUGGGGAGAAUGGAAAUGGGGAGGUCAUAUCUCCUAUCAAUGUAGCUGAGUCCAAUGGUGUUUGUGAAGGUGCUGGGGAUGCUACAACCGAUAUCCCGCAUGACUCAAGCAUUACAGAAACCAAACUGAAAAAGCCGAAUCCCAUUAACUGGAUUCAAAAGAAGAUCUCUUUUAAAAAGGUAAAGACCCCGAAGAAGCCUGCAGUUACUGACGAGAAUACAACUGAACCCGUUUCUGAAGAGUCCCAACCAGUUAUCACAGAGGAAAAGGAGGAGGAAAAAGCUCCAUCUUCGGCAGAAACUGGUGAUGUUCAGGUUCAGUCUGAAGAGGUUCCAAAGGCUGAUCAAGGAACCGUCAUUCCAGAAACUCUUGAAAUAGAGCAAACAGCUGAAACAGUUAUAGAGAUUAGUCCUUCAAUCGAAGAAGUUCAGAUCAAUGCUGGCAAGGAACAAUUUGUUGAAGAGGAAGAGCCUAAUGAAGAGGAGGAAGAAGUUGAGCAGAACGGCGACAUGUCUUCUCAGGAACCGGUUCUAACAGAAUUAGAGUCGUGUGAUACCGAUAUGGGUGUUUCUGCAAAGAUUUCCAAUUUUGCUAAUGGAGCUGUGGAAUCGCUUUCAAAUGGCAAUGAAAUUCAUCUAAACGGUGACACUGUUAUUCCUCCUGAUGAGAGCUAG